UAUUGUACAGAAAGGUGUCUGCAGUUCACCCAGGUGUGUUCUAAAGACCAAACCCCCACAUCAGCAAUUAGCAGGAAACCUUUGAGCUCUUCUACCUCUGAGGAAGCACGAUGGAAUCAGAUAGCAUGGGAAGCGUGGGCGCGCGCGCACACACACACACACACACACACACACACACACACUUCACCUGAUUCUACCUGCCGGUCUCCGUAGGAAAGGAGUUUCUGGGGGAGAGAGAAUGAGACCAGCUGACAGUCCAAGGAGGCCGUAAUUUUAGCAGACCUACCAAGAACAUUGAUGCAGGAGGCUUGUUAUUCUAAAUCCCGGAAGCCUUUUUAUUUUUUCGUUGGAAAGCACGUGAAGGGUUGUAAUGCUGCUUUGCUCCCCAAACUGGACAGCGAGGUAAACAAGAGCAGCCACAACAGUGAGGAGCAGAAGCUGUCAUCCUGACCACCAUGGAGUUUCUUGAAAGAACUUAUCUUGUGAAUGACAAAGCCACUAAGAUGUAUGCCUUCACCCUAGACAGCGUGGAACUCCAGCAGAAAUCCUUGAAUAAAAAUCAAUGUCCUGGAGAGAAGCCAGAGGAGCUGGACUCAGGAGCCAUCUAUCACUGCCACAGCAACUCCAAGGCCACAGAGAACAGAGCAAACGAGCAAGUCUAUGCCAAGUGGAAACUCUGUGCUGCUUCAGGAAUAUGCUUCGUUUUCAUGAUUGCAGAGGCCGUGGGUGGGCACAUUGCUGGGAGUCUUGCUGUCGUCACAGAUGCUGCCCACCUCUUAAUUGACCUGACCAGUUUCCUGCUCAGUCUCUUCUCCUUGUGGUUGUCAUCAAAGCCCCCUUCGAAGCAGCUGACGUUUGGAUGGCACCGGGCAGAGAUCCUUGGUGCCCUGCUGUCCAUCCUGUGCGUCUGGGUGGUGACGGCUGUGUUGGUGUACCUGGCAUGUGAGCGCCUGCUGUACCCUGAUUACCAGAUCCAGGCGACUGUGAUGAUCAUCAUUUCAGGCUGUGCGGUGGCAGCCAAUAUUAUACUAAGUGUGAUUCUGCACCAGAGACAUGCUGGACACAAUCACAAGGAAGUGCAAGCCAAUGCCAGUGUCAGAGCAGCCUUUGUGCAUGCCCUCGGAGAUCUAUUUCAGAGUAUCAGUGUGUUAACCAGUGCACUUAUUAUCUACUUUAAGCCAGACUAUAAAAUGGCUGACCCAAUCUGCACAUUCGUCUUUUCCAUCCUGGUUUUGGCCAGCACCAUCACUGUCUUAAAGGACUUCUCCAUCUUACUCAUGGAAGGUGUGCCAAAGAACCUGAACUACGAUGAUGUGAAAGAGCUCAUCUUAGCGGUGGAUGGAGUGGUGUCUGUGCACAGCUUGCACAUCUGGUCUCUAGCAAUGAACCAAGUGAUUCUCUCGGCUCAUGUUGCUGCAGCAGCCAGCCGGGACAGCCAGGUUGUUCGAAGAGAUAUUGUAAAAGUCCUCAACGAUAGCUUUACUGUGCACUCACUCACCAUUCAGAUGGAAUCUCCAGCUGACCAGGACCCUGACUGUUUUUUCUGUGAAGAACCCCAGGACUAGUUCAGUCACAAUGUCAACUUCCAGAGUUCAAUGGCCCACUAUACACUGCUCUGCAGUUUCUAGAAUAUAAGAAAUAAAGAACCAAAGGAAGAAGUUUGAGAAAUUCGUGAUACAGUACAGUGCACAUUUUAUCCACCAUGAAUGAAGAUGCAUAUAGAUUCAUUAAUCAAUUGGAUUAUCAACUCACCAGUAGCUGUGUUCAAUUACAGGAAUGUGUGUAUGGACUAUUCCUGACUGGGGCUGAAGUAACAGCUGUUUGUAACCACAGGCAAUAAAAAGUUCAUCUCCCUUCAGUGAUGUAUCCUGAGGAUGAGUGGGUAAAAUUGAACUUGGGAAAGUCUUAUUAGGAAUCAGUGCCCAGGAAAAGUCACAAAAUUCUCUUCAAAUGGGAGAAAAAAGCAAACUAGGAGGAGCUUAAGUUAAAAGAGAUGCUGGAAGCUUAACACCCCACUAGAACUUGACUCUCUGGUCAGUUUAUAAUAGGAUUUGGAGCAGUUUCUUUUUACUCCCUAUCAGCAUCACCAUUCCCUAAAUGGGGUAGAAAUGUCCUCUUUCCUUCUCACAAAUUAUGUUUUAACAUGUCUAAAACUAUUGAAUGGUAUUUUUCUUCUCUGUGUAAAAGCUCUGGACAAAUGAAAAAUGAUGAAAUUGCUGCUUUUUGAGUGUUUUCACUUGGUGUGACCUAAUAACAAAACAAGGAGGCACAGAGCAUCAGAAUUCUUAUUCCAGAUCAUAUGGAAAAUAAUUUAGUCAAAUAAUUAAGAACUCACAGGUCUUAAACAAUAUUUAUGGAAUACCAACUAUUGUCCAGGUAUUGUACUAGGCUUUUCAGAUGUGUCACCUCAUUUCAUUUGAGUGACAACUUUGGAAAGUUGCAAUUAAUACCAUCGUUAUAUAGACAAGGACAUAGGCUCACAGAAGUUAAGUAAUUUAACCGAUAUCAUUAUUCAUUCAUUCAAAAACAAUUUUUCAGAGCACCUGGGUGGCUCAGUCAGUUAAACAUCUGACUCUUGAUCUUGGUUCAGAUCAUGAUCUUACGGUUCAUGAGAUGGAGCCCUGGGUCGGGCUCUGAGCUGACAUCCUGGAGCCUGCUUGGGAUUCUCUCUCCCUUUCUCUCUGCUCCUCCUUCUCUCUCUCUCAAAAAUAAAUAAAUAAACUUUAAAACAAUAGAUAAUCUUUCAAUACAGGUUAUGAGCUAAGCAUUGGUGAACUAUGUCAGUAUGGCCUUUGUGUUCAUGGAGCUCCUCCCCUUUUGUUGGGAAGACAGGCAUUCCACCAAUAAACACCAAGAAUGUACUACAAAUAGUGGCAAAUGAUGAAAGGAGAGAGGCUGAUUUAGGUUGGUGGAGGUCAAUGGGGAGCCUCUCUGAAGAAACAGCACCCAAGCUGAGACCUGAACAGUAGGUGGUAGUCAAACGAAUUGUAAGAACAUUCUAGAUGAAGCAAGAGCAUGAAUGGAUACCAUGAAGAAAGUACUUGGUGUGUGGGAGGAAAUGAAGAUGGCCAUUGUGGCUGGAGGGUAAUAAGUGAGGGGUGAGUUAAAAAAACACUGAGGACAUGAAGCAGAAGAGAAUGACAAGUCCGGCUGGCAAGGCAAAAUUCUCUCAUUCUGAGUCAUUGAUUGUAUAAUACCAUGCUUCUAGCCCUGAUUGUAACUCAACAUCACUUGUAGAGAGUAAAAUAAAAUAAAGAUGUGCAAGCCCACAUCCUGGAAAUCCUGAAUCAAUGGAUCUGAUUUGGAACUUAAAAUUCUGUACUUUUUUUUUUUUAAACAUACCCAGAGAUGUUUUAAAGAACAGCCAGGGUCUAGAAGAACUUCAAUCAAAAGAGGUCACUGAGUAUGGGAAUUCAGACACAUAACCGGGAUACCUACAAUAAUAUCUUGAAUUGCAAACACAUGGAUGGGGCACAGAAAAAGUGAUGGGCAUUGCUGUGUGGGCAUGGCUGUUGAGGCUUCAUGUCAUUGAGGUGACAGUCAUGUUGGACUUUGAAUAGAUCUGGAGUUUCUGUAGACAGAUGAAGAAAAGGGCAUUCUAGACAAAGGGAAGAAGACUGUAUGGAAGGCAUACUCGGGGUUACCUGUUAGUUUUUAAUUUGAAAAGCAGAAUAUAUGUGGCAAAGGAAACUUUCAACUCUGAUUUUAAAACUAUAUACUUUUUGGGGCGCCUGGGUGGCGCAGUCGGUUAAGCGUCCGACUUCAGCCAGGUCACCAUCUCGCGGUCCGGGAGUUCAAGCCCCGCGUCGGGCUCUGGACUGAUGGCUCAGAGCCUGGAGCCUGUUUCCGAUUCUGUGUCUCCCUCUCUCUCUGCCCCUCGCCCAUUCAUGCUCUGUCUCUCUCUGUCCCAAAAAUAAAUAAACG